CCUUCAACCCUCUUCUGACUAAUGCCAAGGGAGCGACACAGGCCUAUUGGGUCUCUUGGUUUUAGUUAAGCCGACAUGCAGAAUACCAGGAAUGCUACUUCACACACCGUGUCCAGGCGCGGUCAUACCUGAAUGACCACCAGAUCCAUUGGCGUAGCAGGACUUUUAUUCCUAGCUUUUACUUCUACAGUGAGCCCUUGGUUUGCACUACCCGGGAUUGUACUUGUGGGGACGGGCGGCCAGUCUCUGCUGUUAUCCGAUUAUAUACAGAUACCGGUCUCUCUUCAGAGAGGUUCCUCGAUAUAUAUUGGCCUAAUGAACGGCUGCUAUGACUCGUCCGUUCUGACGUUUAUGCUGGUAAAGAAAUUGUUUGAGGAGGGAGUCGAUAAAAAAUACUCCUUUAUUGGGUUCGCAAUAUUACUGAUUUUGAUUUCCGGUGUGUGCACGCUGCUGACGUCAUUGAACAGUUAUCAUUGGCUUAUGUUAAAAAGUCAAAGCAUGUUUUGCUUGGCGAUCAACAAUUUCGUUGCCUUUAAUUCCGACAUUCGUGAAAAGGCCAAGUACCAGCGCUUUGAUACUAGAUUGUGCAACGAGAAGGAGAGAUUUGGGAAUGGCGAACUUGGCGUUUACGCUUAUGCUGACGCAGCUUCUCAUUAA